UUUCAAUCUUCCUCGUCGCUGUCGCUGUCGUCGACCAUCUGCUAAUCCUCAUCGUCGACGCAGUCCCCAGCCCCCGUCCCAACAUUUUGCUUUGCUUCGUCUUCUCUCUUUUAGUCUCUUCAAAAGGUUCCCCGGUCUUUAGUGCGUCUCCUGCACUCGCUUGUUGGAAGCGAGUCUGACUCUUUACUCGUUUUUGCUCUGGCCAUAACAGCGAGGGGGACGCCGCCAGACCUGGUCCGAGCGUUUUGAACUGACCACCUACUCCGUUUGCACCGUUUUCUGUCCAUGGCCGUUCUCGCUCCCCAAGACUGGCACCCACCUCGAGAUCUGCAAAUGGACGCGCCUUCCAACGCUAUUAACACUGCUGUUCCUCGUCAGCGGUCCUCGCCCGCCAACGAUCACUCUGCGACUUCCUCACCGGUCUCCCAGCAACCGUACCCUUAUCCCGUGCAGCAGCAACAGGCAGGAUGGACGGCACCACACCCGCACCAGCAAUAUUACCCCUCUUUCUACCAAAAUCACCAUCAACAGCCCUACCAACUCCAUGGCCAUCCUGCACAGGGACAGAUGCACUUUCAGAAUCCGUACUACGAUCCAGCUAAUGCGCAGCUCGCCGCCCAGUGGGCUUAUCAACAAAUGGUGCAGAAUGCACACCACCAAGCACAUCAAAUGUCCCACGUUCCUCCUCCACAUCCUGGCCAGCGAAGCCGUACCGGAAGCGCUAGUGCAGGCGACUACUUCGUACCGUCCCCAAUGACGGGCUACAGCCCAUUCCCAAGCGGCACCCCUCCCGCCCAUCCCUCGCAGUUGCCCAACAGUUACUCGUCCGGCCAAAGUGAUCACGGCGGUCACCAGAACCAAUACAACGGUUUCCACCCUUAUCGUCGUCCAGAUCGCCAGGACUCGCGACAUCGAGAUGCUCCUCAGCCCUCUCCUGGUGCCGACUGGCGUGGGCCUGGUCCCUUCCAACCACCGUAUAUCCGGGCGGAUGCCGCUGGGUCAUCAACCUCUGUCAAUUCAACAGGUUCUAACUCCGGCGGCACCCGCCAGCGCACCAACAGUAUCCAGGGAUCUUCUGCAUCGCCGAGCACCAAUGGUCGAUCACCUGUUCCCAACGGUCGCAGCCCCAGCGGGAAUCCAUCCAGCUCUGGAUCGGCGCCGCAACCCAGACCACACCAGCGCACGACAUCUUCCUCCUCCAACUCCUCCACCGGUACGUCACGGCCGCCCGCGGCUUCGUCGUCUGCUACAACGUCGGCGCAACUGCGGAAACCUUCCCCACUGUCUCAAGGAAACUACACUGCCGCCGAGAAGCGCAUGUCGCGCGAUGACAGCGAUCUCGCUGCGAUGAUGGCUGAGCCGGCGCCUGGCGUGCGUAGUGGUGGUCUGAAGGGUCGUCUACGGCGUGCUCUGUCGCUCAACGCCGGGUCAACGCUGCGAGAAGAGGACGAAGACGAGGCCCACAAACAUGCGAAGAACGGGAAAACGAGUGCAGGGGAUGGGGCCAGUACCGUCGCAGGCGACGACGACUCCACGGCAACCGUGCAGAAAAAGAAGUCGCGCUCGCUAUUCAACUCUCGAUUGAAUCGCUCAACAGACAACAUCUCCCUCUCGUCUACGAUGUCGUCAGCGUCGAUGGUUAUCCGCAAGCUGGGCAACAUCGGCAAGCUAACACGUCGUAACUCGCUUGCAGGCAUUACUUCGUUGUUCAAGGAGAAGGACAAGAAGGAGAAGGACGGCGAAGAUGUCGGGAAGAAGAGCAAGAAGAGCAAAGACAGCAAGAGCAACGCGUCGGAGCCCGCUGUCUCGCAUGCCACGGCGGAACUAGAUGUGGGAGAGUGGAGCGCUGACCUGUCCGGGCUCAGUCCUGCUGCGCGACUCGCACGACAGCACACGCUAAAAACCAACGCAGAGGCGGCAGCCAAGGCUAAGGCGGAGGCCGAAGCCAAAGCCAAAGCGUUGGCUGCGGCCACGCAGGCGCAGAGCUCAUCGAAUCCGCAUGUUCCUACGACCUGGGAAAAGAACACCACCAGCCGAAAUGGGGAGACGGCGCCAUCAAAGGUGCUGACAGGGGUGAGCGAUGAUGGAACGCGGGUGCUCGUCGAGGAUGACGACACGGACAGCGAUGAUGGGCAGUAUGACCAUCCGCCGUACAACCACGAGGGGUGGGAGGAGGAUGACGACGACUGGGAGGGACUGCAGGACGAAGAAGCUACUAUCCGCCAAGGACUAGAAGAUGCACGGCUAGAAGACAACGAUGACAUGGAGCCGUGGGCACUUGGUGUGCGCCGCAGUGCGGAGCGGUCACGAAGACCGGCCAAAAGCAUCCUGAAGAAUGGUCGUGAUUAUGACCAGGAGACUCACGUCGCUACGCACCCGCCGUUCGGCCGUGUUCGUUCGAACUCAUACGACUCUCCCCCUCACCUUAACCCCGACCUUGGGCCAUUGGCCCGCAUCCCAUCCCCCGACCCCGACCAUAUCGAUGGUCUGCAUAAGCACCAUCUGUCGAGUGGGCCAUCAAGUGGGCCGUCUUUCAUUCCUCCGCUGCCGUUCGAGAAGGACAUGCCUAAGGGCGAUAACUCCGCCCCACGGUCAUCAACACCCGAGAAGACGCUGUUCAGUCACCCCAACUCGUCCGCCCCGGCCCUUUCGACGAUGUUCCAGUCCAACGCUCCAACAUUGACUCACCGUUCCGCAACAGCUCCUGCCAAACGGCUGGCGUUUGCGUCCAACCUCUCGGUAUAUGACACGUUCCCUUCUUCAGUCUAUGAUAGACGCAGUGAGCCCGCGACAUGGAGUCGAUUGACACCCGCCCUCGCACAACGCAUCAAGGAAGAGUUGAACUCUUACAAGAUGGAAGAAAUGGAGGUGCACGCCGCCAGUCGUGUGCACACACAAUUCUUCGUAUAGAGUUUAGAGUUUCCCAAAUUGUGACCGGCUUUCGCGCUCAUAACUGUCGGCGUGUUCAUGAUUGUCGGAAUCAUCGUUCAAGACCCCGUUCAUUUCUUGCCCGCCGUCUACUCCCGGUUAUCGCUACAUCCACAUGUUCAUCCCACGCGCACGUUUGGAUCAGAUAUCCACGAUCUCAUUUCAACCUAUAUACCCCUCACUCAUCCCAGCCAAUCCCUCAAUAUGUAAUAUUAUGAUGCAUGGUCUCUCAUGUUUCAUCUUGUCGUGGUACUGGUGCCGUGUUUCUUCGCCCAUCCUUCACUCCCUUGCAUUCUUUCGCCGAUCUUCGGGACGGACUUUGUGGAAGCUGCCCCCUCUCCUCUCUCUAAGCUAACUAUCAUGUCUAUUCAUGCUCGAGCUCUCC